CCGACGGGGGGGGGAAGGGGGGUGGUCGUGGGGGUGGUCGCGUCCCCGUGCGCCGCGCACAGCGGUGGCUUCGGGGCGGCGCGGUGACCCCGCCUGCAGCGCCCGGCUCCGCUGCUGCGCCCCAGCGCGGUGCCCGCGGAGGGGGGUGCGGGGCCGUGGGGGGCCGUGGGGUGGUGCGGCCGAGGGGUGAGGGCCAACCCCCCUCCAGACGCAGGAAUCCGGCUCGGGUAAACAAGUGAGUAACCCGGAUAAGAGCGGCCCCGCUAAAUAUAGCCGGGUACGGCGGGCACGGCGCGCCCCACUGCCGCUCCACUGCGCUGCGGGAGCGGGCACAGGAGCCGCUUUCCCCACACCGCAGACUGAGGACCCUCUGCCCCGUGCAUGAAUUCCUGCCCAGCUCGGUGGGAUCAGUACCAGCACCGGGAACGCGCCAUGGAGCCCAGUUUGGAGGGCGCUUGAGGCCACCAGGAUGGGGUGGGGGGACACGGAGCCCCCCAACGUGAGCCUGGCCAGCCAACCCCAAACCUGUUUCGGGGUGGUGAACCUCAGCCUCAGCCUCAACGCGACGCAGGAUGGAGCCAUCACCUCGCCGUGGUUCUCCACCGCCUUCGGCCUCAUCGGGCUCUGCUCCAACCUCUUCGCCCUCUACGUGCUGCUCAGCUCCUCCCGCCAGCUCAGCAGCCGCUCGCGCUCCUCCUUCCUCGUCUUCCUCUGCGGGCUGGUGGUGACGGACUUCAUGGGGCUGCUGGUGACCGCCGCCGUCAUCAUCCCGUACCACUUCACCAAGUUCAACUGGGCCCAGGUGGACCCCGGCUGCCACCUCUGCAACUUCCUCGGCUUCUCCAUGGUGUUCUUCGGGCAGUGCCCGCUGCUCCUGGGGGCCACCAUGGCCGGCGAGAGGUUCGUGGGCAUCAACCGCCCCUUCUCGCGCUCCACCUCCGUCUCCAAGCGCCGCGCGUGGGCCAUCGUGGGGAUGGUGUGGGGCUUCUCCUGCGCGCUGGGGCUGCUGCCGGUGCUGGGCUUGGGGCGGUACACGCUGCAGUACCCCGGCUCCUGGUGCUUCCUCACCCUCCUGCCCGACGCCGGCAACGUCGUCUUCUGCCUGCUCUUCGCCCUGCUGGGCGUCUGCUCCGUGCUGCUCUCCUUCGUCUUCAACACGGUCAGCGUGGUCACCUUGUGCCGCGUCUACCACGACCGCGAGUCGGUGCAGCGGCGACGCGACAGCGAGGUGGAGAUGAUGGUGCAGCUGCUGGGCAUCAUGGUCAUCGCCACCAUCUGCUGGAUGCCGCUGCUGAUCUUCAUCAUCCAGACCACCCUCCAGCAGCUGCGGGCGGGCGAUCCCCUCCAGGUGCUGCCGGGGCAGACGCAGCAGCUGCUGCUCAUCUACAUCCGCAUGGUCACCUGGAACCAGAUCCUGGACCCCUGGGUGUACAUCCUGUUCCGCCGCGCCGUGCUGCAGCGCCUGCACCCGGGGCUGCGCUCGCGGCCUUCCCUGCUCUCCCUCUACCCCGUCCUCAACCCCUCCCUGCGCCGCAAGCUCACCCAGGAGGGGCGGCUGCAAAAGUGGGGCCCCCCCCCCCCCACCACAUGGGAUGGGGAUACGUGCAACCCAUUGGUGACGGAGGUUUGGUUUGGUUUUUUUUAUUAUUAUUGUUUUUCACCUUGCAGCUGCAGGAGCUGAGCGCAGUGGGAGGGGAUGGGGGUACCCGAUGGGGCGGGCAUGGAGUUGUUUCCCCCCUCCCCCCCCAUCCUGCUCUGCGAGCCCCCAAUAAAGCACAGCUUGUGCAGCACUGUGUGCCCCAUGGGA